ACUUUGUUAUUGUUUACAAGUUUUUAAUCAUUUGAUUUUCUCAAAAAUAGAGAGAAAAUUCUUUUAAUUUCUCUAAAAGAGAUCUAUUAUUUAGUGACGAAACACCUAAUUUUGAUUUUUCAAUGGAUAUUCUCAAAGCGGAAAUUGCCAAGAAACGAAAACUUCUCGAAGAGCAGCAAUUGCUUGAUGGUGGAAAGAAAUACUUCAAAAGGGGUGAAUUGCUUGCAAAAGAGCAGGAAAAGUACUUCCAAACUUACGGUCAGAGGGAAGAACAAACCGAAUCAACGAGUUCCGGAAGUUGCGUUGCCAGCACUGAUGUUACAAGUGAACAUUCCAUCCUACCACGUCCGGAAGUGAUUCGACGACUCCGCGAGCGCUGUGAACCAAUUCGUCUUUUCGGGGAAAAUGACCAGGAAGCCUUCCGGAGGUUGCGCCAGUGCGAAAUUACCCAACCGGAGAUCAAUCGUGGUUUCCGGAAUGACUUCCAGGAGGCCAUGGAGCAAGUUGAUCAGGCGUACCUCGAUGAAAUUCUCACAUCUCACGGAAAUGAGAGCACAAGUUCGGGUGAGAAGACCUCAACGGAUGACUUUCCGGAAGAUGAAACGAUUACGUGGGAUACGAUUCAGGAGAUGGCAAAGCGACGCCUUGGACGUGGAAACAAGGAUCACGAUAUGAAUGUCAUCACCACACUGCUGCAGUACCUGCUGAAGCUGUGGAAUAGCAAUCUCAAUGAGUGCUCAACGGCCGAGAGGAUGUCCACGAAGAUGAAAAUUGCUCGGGCAACAUUCACACAGACUCGCGUGUAUAUGAAGCCCCUCUUCCGGAAGCUGAAGAACAAGACACUGCCUGAGGAUAUUCUGGACAGUCUCACGGAUAUUGCUCGUGCUCUCCUGGAACGGAACUACAUCGCUGCGAGUGAUGCUUACCUACAGAUGGCCAUUGGGAAUGCUCCGUGGCCCAUUGGGGUGACCAUGGUGGGUAUCCACGCUCGUACGGGACGAGAAAAGAUCUUCAGUAAGAAUGUGGCGCAUGUGCUGAACGAUGAGACCCAGCGGAAGUACAUUCAGGGAUUGAAACGUCUCAUGACCAAGUGUCAGGAAUUCUUCCCAACUAAUCCCUCUCGGUGCGUUGAGUAUGUUAGCAAAAAAGACAUGGUUGAGUAAAUAAAGUUAUUAAUUAAUUAUCCU